AUGCCAUAUGUGCCCCGUGGUGCGCAGCAACCUCAACAACACCAGCAGCAUCACCAUCACGUCGGCUCUCCAGCUCUGAGGGAAGCAGGAGGUCUCCAAGAUGUCCACCAUCAGCCAUUACUUCUCAACCCACAUCAAAUGGUUCCUUCUCCGAUGUCUUCCCAUUAUGGCUCCAAUCCGCUUCAUUUCCAAGCUCAGCGUACCAACAAACGACCUAGACUAGACGGGGCCGACGGCAACGAGGAUGAUCAUCGAUUGGACCUCCAUCUUGGAAUGCUCAAACCGGACUCCCAUACAGAAGGUACUCCGUCGCCAGACAUGAUGUUAUCGGCCCAUGGAGACCAACAGCGAGCGGGGCCACACUCUUUUGCGCUGCCACCGCCUAUACACCAACAACAAUCGCAACAACACCAUCAUCAUCGAUUACCAAAUCAAGCAGUCAUGCAUACGAUGCAACAAACCGGUGGUGAUGUUAAUUCGACUUCUGUGCCUUCAGGGCUCCCCAGCGUGGUAGGACAAGCAGGCAUGCCUGAUCCGGCGCCUCGCCCACGUGGGCCAAAGCUUAAAUUCACUCCGGAGGAAGACGCGUUGUUGGUGGAAUUGAAAGAGCACAAGAACUUGACUUGGAAGCAAAUAUCCGACUUCUUCCCAGGAAGAACCAGUGGGACUCUACAAGUGCGAUACUGUACCAAAUUGAAAGCCAAAGACACGGUUUGGACAGACGAAAUGGUCCAACGAUUACGGAACGCGAUCCAGGAUUAUGAGAAUGACCGCUGGCGGAUCAUAGCAGGCAAAGUCGGGCACGGUUUUACACCAGCAGCCUGUCGAGAAAAAGCAACGGAGUUAUAA